CUUCUUUUGCCGUACUAUACUCCUCUGGAACUGGUCUAUGCGGCUUUCACUGACGAAGCUAAGUAUUAUUGCUCUCGGGGUAUCGACAUUAUGCGAGGCAAGGAUCAGGAGACCAAAAAGCAGUUGGAAGUUGUCCUGCGAGCCGUUGAAUUAGAUGGAAAAGUGGAUAAAUUGUACGCAAACAGCCAGCUCCAAAUUGAGGGUCGACCGCACUGCUGGCACAAAGUGUUAUUUAAAAUUGUUGAGGAACGAGUGCAACAACGGGUGGAGGCCUUCCAGAUAGAAGACAGAAAGUUAAACAAAAACUGGGUCACAAGGAAUUUGGAAAUAUGUCGUCUGUACAUAGUGGAAGACCUGUACGCAGCUAAACACUUUCUACGUAUUUUCCCUAAAGAGCAUCAACUUUACAAUAAUUUCGUGAUCACCGAAAUUGCGAGAGGCGAGUUGAACAAACGUGAAUUGGUGCAGCUUCUCAGUUGGAUUAGGCUCUAUCCGUAG